AUGUCAACAAAACAAUCUGUUGAAUUCAAAUUAUUUGCUCCAAACGUUACCCAAGUGUCAUUACUAGGCACAUUCUCACAAUGGCAACCAAUACCCAUGCAAAAGUCAGAGAACGAUGAUGGGUAUUUUCGAACAAAGAUCGGUCUAGAAGAUGGACAGUAUGAGUACACCUUUCGAGUAAAACCUGUUGAUGAUGAAAAAAACGAUUUAGUUGAUAUUAUUGAUCCCUAUGCAACAGCCAUCGAUCCGACGAAAAAUGUGGGACUAGUGACGAUAGUUCAAGGAAAGAGACAAGUGGACAGUUAUCAGUGGCAACACGAUGGAAAUAAUGAACUAUUGCCUCAAAAUAACGAUUUGAUCAUUUAUGAAAUAUUUGUGGCUGACUUUACAGAAGGAGGCACAUUUAAUGACAUAGUCCCAAAACUAGAUUAUUUAUGUUCUGAAUUGGGUGUUAAUUGUAUCGAACUGAUGCCCGUAUCGGAAUGUGGUGAAGGUCAUGAUUGGGGUUAUGCCACGAGACACUUCUUUUCCGUUCAAACAACGUAUGGCAAAAGUGAGGAUCUCAAACAUCUCAUCGACGAAUGUCACAAGAGAAAAAUGCGGGUUAUGAUUGAUGCCGUAUUUAAUCAUUGUCACGUGGAGUGUCCACUAAGAAAAAUCGAUAAAUUCUAUUGGUUCUACAAAGACCCACAUCAUCCCGAUCACCCAGAUGAGUUGUGGGGACCAGAGUUUAAUUACGCAUACGAAGAUGAACGAUUGAAAUUGAAACCAGCGUGGAAUUUCAUUUGGGACGUUAUUGAGUAUUGGACGAGUGAAUUUCACAUUGAUGGAUGGAGAUUUGAUGCUGUAAAACAGAUCGAAAGCCACGAUGUAUUACGGUAUUUUGAUGAGAAAUCGAAACAGCUUGUAUCGUCAACGAAGAAACCGUUUUUUAAUGUGGGAGAAUACAUGCCCGCCACGUAUGAAAUCGUCAAACCCAAUGGUCCGUUAGAUUGUGUAUGGCGAAAUAUUGUCCCGCAUAUCGAAGAGCAAUUUAAGAUGAACAACUUUGAAGUAGAUAAACUGAAACAAGCGCUAAAUCCCAAAGAGACUGAAAGAUACGAACAUUCAUCUCAAGUAAUCAUUUAUUUUGCAUCACACGACAAUGAGAGACUGAUGACAGUUAUGGGUAACAUGGGUUUGUUUGGCGACGAGGCACUUCGACGAAUUAAAUUGGCAGCGACGUUACAACUGACAGCCAUGGGUAUACCGAUGAUAUUUAUGGGCGACGAGUUUGGAGAAUACAAAGCACAAGGUACCGAAAACAAAUCAAAGACCGUCAAUAAAUUGGAAUGGUCUCUGUUGCAAAAUGAAUUGAAUCAUUCGUUAUUUGACACUUAUCGUACUCUCAUCGAACUUAGAAAACGUUCACAAGCUAUACGGGGUGAUAAUAUUGAAUUUUUUCAUGUAAAUCAAGAUUCAAAAGUAUUAGCUUAUAUAAGAUGGACAAAUGAGGGUGAACGAGUAGUAGUGGUGGCUAAUUUUUCACGAGAUUAUCAUCGUGGUUAUCGUGUCACGCAGUGGCCUGCCGAAGGUAAAUGGCAUGAACUGAUGUUCAACUACGAUAUUGAAGCACCCAACGAUGGACCGUUGAUUGAUUUAGAUGGUUACAUUUGUAAAGUAUUUUUGUAUGUAGCAUAG